AUGGAGACAUUAGAGAAAGCAGAGGAAGGUAAAGCCACAUUCUUUCUUCUUUCACAUCUGCAAAAAUAAUGUGGCUUAGAAACAUCCACCCCGGGGGGAGAAGAGACGAUCUACAUCUACAAAAUCUAUCAUUUUGUCCUGGUGAGGGAUAUUAGUUCAUUUGAUCAGCAUCUCAUUCUGUUUCCAGCAGCUGCGAAGGAGGCCAAGACGGACCUCAAGGAUGUGGUAAUGUGCAUAGAUACCAUCUUAGUUGUAUCUCCAUGGUAACAGGGCUCUCCAUAGACUCUCUUAGUUCACGUUUAGGCCUUCAGAUCUGGCCACAUAAACUCCUCCCCUUAUCAACAGCAUGUACUGUUAUGUAUACAACUCUAGUUCAUAGUUCAGUCCAACCUGUGUCCUCUGACCAUGUGUGUAUAGGAGGAGAUAUAGUGACAAUGCCAAUGACCUUACGGUCCAUAUAUUGACCUCUCUCUCUCUCUCUCUCCGUUCUUCCCUCCCUCCCUCCGGUCUUCCCUCCCUCCCCUAGCCAUCGGCGGUUUUACAUUUCCAGCAGGCAGCGGAGAUGUUAUUCUCGGCCCCGGUGCAGGCUGCUCCAUGCCGGGGCAAGCUGGGCUUUAAGUGGGCGGUGCGCAGAGUCAUCCUGAUGACUCGUCUUUGCCGCUACUUCAUGUCCCGUUCCAACUAUCGCCAAUUCAUGGAGUUCAACUUCCGGGAGACCAUCACCAACCAGCCGGCCGGGGGAACGGUGUGUGUGUGUGUGUAGGAGAAUGGUACUGUAAAGGGGAAGUGAUAAGGUGCUGUGUUUUGUUGGGCAAACGGGUCUACGGGUUUAUGCAGUGGUCCUGAUGGGAGAUUUAGAAAGAAGCUACAGUUUUGAUGUCCAGAAAGACUGGAAAGUAAACAUUGAUUUCUGUUCUUGCAGGGUAAAAAUCUGGUGUUUGAUCUGAACCACUUCAAAGUGAAAGAGGUAACGUGACCGUAUGAUUUUUAAUUUUUAAUUUGUUUAUUUAUUGAAUAUUAGGUAUCCCAAACAAUAAGGGGAUUUGGUGAACCUAUAUUGUAUCGGAAAAAUUAAGUUAUAAAUAAUUUUGUCUUAGUUAAAAAUGCAUUGUCCUCUAGUAAACUUUGAUUACAUUUCCAAUAUCCCCGUCCACGUGGAAAUUCUAUAAGAGUUAUGUGAAGGCCAAUUAGAUGAUGAUCCGAUCGCAUUCUGUCUCCUAUUAAAACUUUUUAAACCUUUGUUGCAAGAGAGAAAGAGACAAGAAAGUAGUCAAGAUGACUAGCUUGAUUAAGUCUCCUCCAUGUAUAUCUCACUAGGUCAGGGUGUUUUAGUCUCCAAAUAUUACAUUGACAUUUUAGUCAUUUAGCAGAUGCUCUUAUCCAGAGCGACUUACAGUUAGUGAGUGCAUACAUUUUCAUACUGGCCCCACGUGGGAAACGAACCCACAACCCUGGCGUUGCAAGCGCCAUGCUCUACCAACUGAGCUACAGGGCACUAUUUCUAAUGUGUCCAUAAUAUUUGUGAUUUCCUUAAGGGCACGUUGAUGAUAGUUUGUAGAGUGAUUCCCUUUACGGUCCAUUGAGGUACUUAACACUGUGUUAUAGUCUCCCACCAUAACGAUUUGAUCAUUUAUUGCCUGUAAGUUCAAUAAAUUGGUAUAAAUAUUUUAGAAGGAUGGAUCAUCCUGAUCCUGACCAUAUAGAUUAAUGAGCCAAAUCUGUUUUUCAUCCACUUUCAUAUUCAAAAAGAUCCACCUUCCUGGCGAAUCAUUCCUGACUAUUUGCACAUUCACUGUAUGAAUUUAGAUUACCAAUGCUGGGUAUGACCAUACUGUGUUUAUGACUGUAAGGAACGUUGUUCUCCUUGGUGUGUGUGUGUGUCUGCCUAUGUGUGUGUCUCUGUCUGUGUGCAUGAAUGCUAUGUGUGUGAGCGUACGUGUGCUUGUAUACAUGUGUGUUAUGUCUGGAAUAUUCCAGGACCGGAUCCCUGUCCUGCUGGUGGAGAUAAUGCGGAAGUGCCCGGAGGAGCGUUCUGAGUCGGAGGUGUUGCUGAUUCACAACAUGCUGAGCUCUGUGAGCAUGUUCCGUCGCUACAGCGGAACCCUGCAACUCCUUCUGGCCAGGGUGGUUCGCUAUCAGAGGUUAGAG